UGGAUCCCAUGUGGAAUGGUGCAAACAGCUGAUAGCUGCAACCAUUUCUAGUCAGAUUUCAGGGUCUGUCCCAUCGGAAGGUGUGUCCAGAGACUACAGGGUGUACAGGAGGCCUGUUAUACGGGCACUGUGGGAUGGAAACAAACUAGCACAGAUGGAAGAGGCUCCACUUUUUCCUGGAGAAUCAAUCAAAGUUACUGCUAAAGAUGUUAUGUAUAUCUGUCCAUUUAUGGGAGCAGUCAGUGGUACACUAACAGUGACGGACUUCAGAAUGUAUAUCAAAAGUGUUGAAAGGGAUCCACCUUUUGUUGUUGAUGUUCCCCUUGGAGUCAUAAGUAGAGUUGAAAAAAUUGGAGUACAGAGCCAUGGAGACAACUCGUGUGGUAUAGAAAUAGUUUGCAAGGAUAUGAGAAAUUUGCGGCUGGCCUAUAAACAGGAAGAACAGAACAGAUUGGAGAUUUUUGAAAACCUUGUAACACGCGCAUUUCCUGUUUCUAAUGGGCUGCCUCUUUUUGCAUUCAGCUAUAAAGAAAAGUUUGCUGUCAAUGGCUGGAAAGUAUAUGAUCCAAUGGCAGAAUAUAAGAGGCAGGGCUUGCCCAAUGAGAGUUGGAAAAUAUCCAAAGUUAACAGCACCUAUGAGCUUUGUGAUACAUACCCUGCUGUUCUUGUUGUGCCAACCAGUGUAAAGGAUGAUGACCUCUCAAAAGUGGCAGCGUUUAGAGCAAAAGGCAGAGUUCCAGUGUUAUCCUGGAUUCAUCCUGAGAGCCAAGCAACAAUAACACGAUGCAGUCAGCCAUCAGUAGGCCCAAAUGAUAAGCGUUGCAAAGAAGAUGAAAAAUAUUUGCAGACUAUAAUGGAUGCCAAUGCUCAGUCACAUAAACUUAUCAUCUUUGAUGCCAGACAGAAUAGUGUUGCAGACACAAACAAGGCAAAAGGUGGAGGAUAUGAAAGUGAAAGUGCCUACCCAAAUGCAGAGCUGGUCUUCCUGGAAAUUCAUAAUAUACACGUAAUGAGAGAAUCCCUGCGUAAACUUAAAGAAAUAGUUUAUCCUACUAUUGAUGAGACUCGGUGGUUAUCAAAUGUGGACUCCACACAUUGGCUGGAAUAUAUAAGGAUGCUUCUUGCUGGAGCAGUAAGAAUUGCAGAUAAAAUUGAAUCCGGUAAAACAUCUGUAGUGGUACAUUGCAGUGAUGGCUGGGAUCGAACUGCACAGCUUACUGCCCUAGCUAUGCUUAUGCUGGACAGCUAUUACAGAACUAUCAAGGGGUUUGAAGUUCUUAUAGAGAAAGAAUGGAUAAGUUUUGGACACCGAUUUGCAAUGCGAGUAGGACACGGAGAUGAUGAUCAUGCAGAUGCAGACAGAUCUCCCAUUUUCCUUCAGUUCAUCGACUGUGUCUGGCAAAUGACAAAGCAGUUUCCUGCAGCCUUUGAAUUCAACGAGUUAUUUUUGAUCACCAUUCUGGAUCACCUUUACAGUUGUCUUUUUGGGACUUUCUUAUGCAACUGUGAAAAAGAGAGAUUAAAAGAGGAGGUAAGCACAAAGACUAUAUCGCUGUGGUCCUAUAUAAACAGCCAGUUAGAUGAGUUCACAAAUCCUUUCUACGUAAACUAUGAAAACCAUGUCCUGUAUCCUGUGGCCAGUCUGAACCAUUUGGAACUAUGGGUGAACUACUAUGUCAGAUGGAACCCAAGGAUGCGGCCUCAGGUUCCAAUCCAUCAAAAUCUUAAAGAGCUCCUCGCCAUCCGGACGGAGCUUCAGAAGAAGGUUGAAGAUUUGCAGCGGGAAGCUGCUACACGAUCCAUUUCUUCCUCCUCUGAUAGAGGUUCAUCUCCUUCCCAUUCAGCCACGCCGGUGCACACCUCUGUGUGAUGUGUAACAAAAGCCAUGUGAAAAAAUUUGUGUCAGGUAAUACAGAGAGGAAGGUGAAAUGCUUUUCCCAUCACAAAAGGAUUGUGAGUGACUUGUAAUUGCUAUGAUCUACAUGCCUUACUUUGUGUCUGAUAUUAUCAUGAUGAGGCCAAAAAGAGCUUCAAUAGAUGUGAUAUAUUUUCUUGUUGGCAGUUCCCACAUGUGUUUUGACAUCUCUAGCUAAAUCACCAAUUGUGAAAUUAAACUUUGUUUUGAGCAGCUAACAAUUUAACCAUCCUAAAAAGGAAUCCAUCUGCCAAGCAGACAGAAAAAUGCCUCUCACACUGCCUAGGGUGCCAUGCCUGGUUGAGAGAAUCAGAUUAAAUGCCACAUGAUGCUUACACAGAACACAGAACAUUUUUCUGAAUGGGAGCUCCUUAUUUCACUCAGUAAUAUAUAUAUUUUUUUUUUGGCUAGAGCAAUUUAUUUUUGUUAGGUAAUUAAUGCACUUGGAAAUUGAUUUUAAAAUAAAUGUUUUCCAGUGUAGUUAGUUUUACAUUUCGACUAAAUAUGCCAUUAAAAGUGGAUGAAGUUAAACUGGAUUUAUCAAGUACACCACACUGACUUGUAUGAUGUAAUAUAUUUGGUAAAGCAUGCAUGGUAGGUUUUUUAAUGCCUUUUGUACAAGUUGAAAUAAAGUCUUUUGGCUGUUUAGCUUAUUGUUCAGUUUCAGCCUCCUGAGCUAGGGGGUAAACCUAUUCCUGUCAAAGUCUUGUACAAAGUAAAAGUUUGUUUUCUAGCAAAUGGUAAUAUUUGGGGUUGGAAUGACACCCAGCUGUGUAAAUUGUAUAGUCUGUAUAGCUCCACAUUUUGUUAAGCGUGUUUUGUUUUAAAGUAUACACACAAAAUGCAAAGCUGUGUCUGUUUAUACACACGUUGUGUGAUGUUAACCAUAUGCAUACUCCUGUGGUUUUAAGCUGUAAAUUCAGAAAAUGGAUCCUGCCUGUCCAAACUCUUUUGAAGACCUUAACUUGUAAUGACUUUGUUUGACAAAGUUUUUAAAUAAUAUGAUCUUAAUUGGUUUUCUUGAAAUAAAGCCUCUUGGCUUUUUGUUUUCUAAA